AUGAGGAUUCAGGCUAACGAAGAUGAUAGCCCAGCCAUCCGAAAGGCAAAACAGAAAGUGAAUGAGAAAAAGGAGGCUCUUAAGAAGGCCUCCUUUUUCUCAAAGACCACCACACUCUCGAUGAGGAUUCAGGCUAAUGAAGAUGAUAGCCCAGCCAUCCGAAAGGCAAUAGAGAAAGUGAAUGAGAAAAAGGAGGCUGUUAAGAAGGCCAGGGACGCACGUGACAAAGCUAUGAAGGACGGAAAAAAGUCCACGGAAGAGCUGGGGAAAUAUUUGUCCGAGGUUCAAGAGGCUGAAAGAGAGUUGACGGCAGCAGAGGAAUACCUAAAAGAGCUGAGGAGGGACAAGGGGUAUUAG